AUGUAUUCCCAGCGUCCCCUCUCUUAUGCACCAACCCCCUACAGUUACACCCCCAACCCCGCCCGCUCGGCCUCGAUCAAUCUGGAUGAGGAAGUCAAGCUGGUGUCAAGCUCCGGAGAGCGCGAUCUCUACGAAUCCCUUGCCGAAAUCUACAGCAUUAUCGUCACGCUUGACGGACUCGAAAAGGCUUACAUCAAAGACGUCGUGACCGAGACAGAAUAUACUGAGACAUGCACGCGGCUGCUGAAACAAUACAAAUCGAGUUUGGGCGAUGAGUCUGUAUCGCAAACCUUUGUUGACUUGGAGACAUUCAAGCGAUCGUGGGGGCUGGAAUGCCCCCGAGCUACAGAGCGAUUACGGAUUGGACUGCCCGCAACAGUUGAGCAGGCUUCACAUCACACACCGGCAGCCAAUAAUGCUACUUCCGGAGGUGCCCCCGGUGCAUCGGGCAGUCUCAUCCUUGCAGCCACGGAGAAUUUCAUCACCUUCCUCGACGCAUUGAAAUUGAACAUGGUGUCGAAAGAUGCACUUCACCCACUUCUCUCCGAGGUAAUCCAGUCUGUCAAUAAGGUGACGGAUGGGGAGUUCCAGGAUCGUGGGAAGAUCAUUCAAUGGCUGAUUGCGCUAAACCAAAUGCGUGCGACGGAGGAGCUUAGUGAAGAACAGGCGCGAGAGCUGGCAUUUGAUAUUGAACAGGCCUAUCAGGGCUUCAAGGCUACUCUGAACUAA